CGGGAUUUGCACUGUUACUUCCUUGUCCCUUCGCCAGUUUUAACAACAAAUCAUUUUCUCUGUCCCGCCGUAAACAAACUAAUAAACAUGGGUGUGGGUGGAACAUUAUCUUGGCUGAGGUGAUAAUGAAAGUUAUCGGCUGUGACUGCGACGUCGGUUAACACACAGCAGCAGCAGUAACACUUUCGCUUUCAUUUACGAGGAAGAAAACUCAGAAGGAAGGAGACUGUCAUCAUGUCAAAAGACGAACAGACAGAGCCCAUGGACUUUUGUGAAGAAGGCAUGAGUAAAACUCCGCCUCCUACAGCAUCAUCUGAGGAGCCUGCUGAGGAAGAAGUUGUUAAGCUCUCUAUCGCCUGGUCAGAGAGUAAUCAAACACCAAAAUAUAAAAUUGAUUUGGAGAAACUCCUCCAAACUUGGUUCUGUGCGAAUGAUUGUGGAGACUGCCACGUUAAAUACGCCUUGGAACAUGAUGCUUCCAUACGUGUACUUGCCUCAGCCCUGGAAAAGCUUGAGGGAUUGAGGGGACAGACACUGACCAGCAAAGACGGGACAAAAACAGUCAAAAUACUGUCCAUUUGUCAUAAACAAACACAUAAAGCUCCAAUGAACCUCCCUUCUGCAUCAGACCAGCUAGAUAUGAAAGUGCAUCUGGGAGGAGGAGCUACAUCCAGCUGGUCAGCAGCAGAUUCUGAGGCUAGAGAGGAGACAUGCAAUGUCCCAGUUCCCCAUUUCUGGUAUGUGAACCACAUCUACAAGGAGGAAAUUGAUCGUAUAGAGAAAAAGAAUAGAGUUAAAUUUGGAGCACAUGUGACGGUAAAAAUCAAACCAAACCAGGAAAAUGGAGACCCAGCAAAUGCUCUGGCUGAGUUCACAAAUCUGGCCCAGAAAUGCUUAUCUGAAUCUCAAGGCUUUGUGAUUCCUUUCAAAGUCAUGACUCCAGAAGAAUUGAGCAAGGUGCUCGGAGUCAUCCAAGAAAGCCAGAACAAGCUUCUUCUUACUGUGUCCUCUGAAGAAAUAAUGGUAUGUGGGCCAAGCCAAAGCCAAGAGGCCAUACAGUCCUUAAAUACAACACCGAACACUUCAGCAAAUACUAAAACGACAUGGGCUUCCAACAACACAUCAAUGAUCAUUGGCAUGGCCAUCAAAGAUCCUCUCGUCGAAGGACUAACCCUCGACCAGAGUCACUUGAAAUUUAUGAAGAACUACUUCAAAGAGAAAAUAGCAGAGAUUAAGGCUCGGUUUGAUGUGGACUUCAUAGAAUUAAUUAGCACUCGAGAAAAAGUGAAUGUCAAAGCUCGCUCCAAUAGAACUGCUGGAAACAUUGCAUUGGAAAGCCACGCAACCAGAGCCCUUCUUCGUCUGUACCAGACAAGCAUAACAUCACCCUUAAUGUCCAACUUCACCCAACACUCUAUGAUGGGGUCCAACAGCUCAGUGAAGAACAGGAAUUACCAGUCAGACGGGGCCUCUGGUGGAGCCACUGGAGGGGCUACAGCGGAAGACGAGAAAGACAUAACGUGCCCUAUAUGUUUGGAUACAUUCAAGAAUAAGACACAGCUCAAGUGUAAACAUGAAUUUUGUAAGAAAUGCCUGGAACUAGCUAAGGCUAGCACUGGACCCACGUGUCCUGUGUGCAAAGAUGUCUUUGGUAUGAUGGAGGGAAACCAGCCAGAUGGAAGAAUGUCAUCGAGGAGAGAAUCCUUUCCCCUCCCUGGUUUCCCAGACUGUGGCACUAUCGUCAUCGACUAUGAUAUUCCAAGUGGGAAACAGACGGAGAAACAUCCUAAGCCUGGAAAAUACUUCAGCGGUAUUAAUAGACGUGCUUAUCUGCCAGACAACAAAGAGGGUAAAGAAGUACUGAAGCUGUUGAAUAAAGCAUUUGACCAGAAGCUCAUUUUCACUGUUGGGAUGUCCAGAACAACUGGAAUGGACAACCAGGUGACCUGGAACGACAUUCACCACAAAACCUCCACUGGAGGAGGACCACAAUGUUUUGGGUAUCCUGACCCUGAUUACCUGAGCAGAGUGAGAGAGGAGCUGAAGACUAAAGGCAUUGUGUGAACCUUGAUACAAAAUGAAGGCUUUGAAGGGUUGUAGUCAUAAAUCAAAUGUUACUUUCAGGAAGUAAUUCAAAACAAGCAACUGCUAAUUUUCAUUCAAUAUCAAAGUGUAUGCUCUUUCUUCUUUCUUCGUGAUGCUGUGAUUGAGGGUUGCUUUGAAAUACAGGGGUCUGAAUGUGAGUCGUGGUAGUCCGUUUAAAGUACUGACACUUUUCUUUCUUAAUCACUCGUGCCACCAGUGUCUGAAACACAGAUGCCUCCCCUUAUUGUAAACAUGUCUUACUUGCCCCGCUUGCCUGUUCAUCAAGUAAAUAAACUGCUAUUAUACGACUGUA